GAAGCAACGCGCGGCUGGGGACCUCGAAGGACCUCUCCUCUGGUUACGAGACACCCUACCGACACUUUCGUGCCGGCGAUAUACGCACCGCACCGACGUUGCCCGUUGCUCAGAUUACCGCUGCUCUACGCGUAUCCACCACGAUUACAUCAUCCCAAGUGGAUCGUUCGAACGUCUCGAAGGAGUCGCGGGUACACGCUGGGGACCACGAUCGAGAAGCCGGUGAAGCGAUCGAACGUCUCGAGAUUCCGGAAAAACUGAGAUCACCCAUUUUUGUCCGGCGUUUCUUGAUCGCGCGUUAACGGAAAUAGCAAGUGAUACCAAGAGUGACGAAAGUUUAGUGAGGACCGUGAGGGACGAGAGACCGUGGACCGGUUUGUAAACAAAACCGAGUGAAUAAACAGUGGUUCAGUGGAACAAACGGCGGAGACGAGAGCAAUCGUGGCGUCGAUCAAUCGUGAGCUCGUGAUCAUCUAGGGGGUCGUACGCGGGACGCGUGUGCGCCGACACGCGGUCGGCCACCAAUUUCAUGGUGUGACAGGGUGACAGGUUGUGCAGAUAUUGAUGCGCAGCCACGAGGCGUCAGCACCACCAAACGACACGAUUGAUGCCUGUUCCUGAAGAAGCGUGACGCUGACGCAGGUGCGUCCUGACCGAGAGGCGAGCAGUCUCUCUCUCGAUCAGCCGCGAAGGGCUCUCGAACGAGCCGAUUAAGGUUCUUUGCGAAGGGUGACAACGAGAAGGUGAAAGCCUGUUGCCCCAGGAGAGUCCGUACGGCCUCACGACGCGGUCCGACGAGUGGAGUGGUCUCCUGCCCAGCUCCACGAUCGUGGGUGCUGGGGGGUCGCCAUGGCUCGGACUUGGCGCUGGGGGUGGCACGGGGGCCACCACCGGGGGCGGAAGCCCCGUAGAACUCGAGGGCCACUGGGGACGUAAACUGUACGGGGCGAGUGUAGCUCCACCACCACCACCCCCUCAUCACCACCCGCGGGCGCCUCUCGUUUUCGCGCCUCAGGACAUGAGGCAGAUACUCAAGGAGGAACCUGUGCCACGUGCUUGGCCACAGCCCGCGCUCGCUGACAACGGAACAGUUGGAGUUGGCAGAGCACACUUCGAGAAACAACCACCAAGUAAUUUGAGAAAAAGUAACUUCUUCCAUUUCGUGAUCGCUCUUUACGAUCGACACGGUCAACCGAUCGAGAUAGAAAGGACCUCCUUCAUGGGUUUCGUCGAAAAAGAUCAGGAAUCCGAGGGCCAAAAAACGAAUAAUGGAAUUCAAUACAGCCUGCAUCUACUCUACUCUAAUGGUGUUAGACAGGUGCAGGAUAUUUACGUGAGACUCAUCGACUCUGCGACGAAACAGGCUAUCAUGUACGAGGGACAAGAUAAAAAUCCUGAGAUGUGCAGGGUCCUUUUGACUCACGAAGUGAUGUGCAGUCGGUGUUGCGAUAAAAAAAGUUGUGGAAACAGAAAUGAAACACCCAGCGAUCCUGUGAUCAUCGACCGAUUCUUCCUCAAGUUCUUCCUCAAGUGCAACCAAAACUGCCUUAAGAAUGCCGGCAAUCCCCGCGAUAUGAGACGCUUCCAGGUGGUCAUUUCCACACAAGUAGGAGUAGAGGGGCCGCUACUCGCAGUCUCGGACAACAUGUUCGUUCACAACAACAGCAAACAUGGUCGUAGAGCGAAACGAUUAGAUCCCAGUGAUCCCGGCGAGUACAACAGUCUAUAUACACCUGUACCUCUCCAAACACCGUGCAUAAAAGCGAUAUCACCAAACGAAGGAUGGACUUCUGGUGGAUCCACGGUGAUAAUUAUCGGCGAAAACUUCUUCGACGGACUUCAAGUAGUUUUUGGAUCGAUGUUGGUAUGGAGCGAGUUAAUCACACCGAACGCAAUCAGGGUGCAAACGCCACCACGACAGAUACCUGGUGUCGUUGAUGUUACACUAUCCUAUAAAACUAAACAGUUUUGUAAAGGAGCACCUGGGAGGUUCGUUUAUGUUUCCUUAAAUGAGCCGACAAUCGACUACGGUUUCCAAAGGUUACAGAAACUUAUUCCUCGACAUCCUGGCGAUCCUGAGAAAUUGCCAAAAGAAAUUAUACUGAAAAGAGCGGCAGAUCUCGCGGAAGCUUUGUACAGUAUGCCCAGAAGCGGAAACGCAGGAAUCACAGGUGCGCCCAGGAGUCCAGGAUCGGGUCACCCACCUGCACCUCCAACUUCCAGUUCGGCGACAGCAUUCAAUUCGUAUACAGGACAGCUCGCAGUGACGGUACAGGAAAAUGGUACUGCCGCAAAAUGGACAGAUGACGGUAGUUCCGUGACGACAGGAGCCGGUGCUGGAGGCGGUGGUGGCGGUGGUGGUAGCGUUGGAGGAAGCGUUGGUGGUAGCACUGAUGCAUAUAGGCAAAGCAGCAGUGCGAGUCCACGUGGGGUCGUAACCGGUGGUGGUUAUUGUGGAAGUUCGGCCAGUACACCUCACAGUCAUAGCACAAAUGGAAGUUACUCGGUGGCCAAUCCGUACACCGGUAGUCCAACUCUUUAUACAUCGCGACUAGGAGAGGUGGUUGGAUCACCGUUCAACAUGAAUCCAUUUAUGUUGCCCACCUGCACCCAAGGAUAUUCAAAUGCCGCCAGUCCGUUGCUCUCGUCAAAUGGGAAAUAGUGUUACGAAAUGUAAGCUCCGACGAAAAUAUCGAGAGUCUGUGUAUUCAUGGAAGCGAAAUCCAUUAUCACGAAGGAUUUUAUGCUCUAAAAUAAUCAUAAUCGUCGUAUUUGUGAUUGACAAUCGCUUUCUUGAAUCGAAAUCGGUCCUCUCGAUCCGCCUUUUUCUUUUUUAGACUACGUACAUACUGCGAAGAAACGUGUUCAGGCGAUUUUCGUCGGAGCUGUUUGGAAGUGUAUCGAAACCAGUGCAAAAAAAAUUUAAUAACGUUUUACGAUUAACUAUGAUCGAAUAAGAUAAGGAAUGAUACAUAUCGAAGCACAUGGCAGUGUUUUCUGUAUCCACUGAUGUAGUCGUUCGAUUGACGCAGAAAGCAAUUAAUCGGCCGUAUGUUAUCUAUUUACGAAGAAUUUAUAAAAAUGAUUUCACUACGAUAUACGAAAGCCUAUGCAGAGUUUAUUUUAACAGGAAAAUGCGUGUUAAUGUUUUGAGGAACAACCGAACGACUAUAAAACGUCUUUUCGUGUCUUUGAUAUUGCUAUUUUUCGCAUAGCUGUCCCAAGACGAAAAGAUCGAUUUUAUCGAUUUUAAUAUCUCCUUUGCCCUACGUUUCCACUCGUAUACGAAAUCGCUAAAAACAGAUCAAACUAGCGGCAAAAAUAUUUUCGAGGUGUCUUUCUUCGAUUUCGUAGCAAGAUGCUUUGAUAAUUUGUCUAAUUACGUAUCUGAGAAUUUUUCAAGAUGCUAAGUAUACGCAGACGGGGAACGUUCACAGGGUGUCGAUCAAUUUUAUAUCAAACGAAGCAGAGAGGCUAAUCGAAAGUUGAGGAAAUCACUAGAGAUGCUACUACCGAUUAUCAAUAAAUUUAUCGGUAACUUAUUAAUACUUAACCCGGUGAGCGUUGAGUUAAUUAAGUUAUUUCAUUAAAGUUAGCUUGGAUUGUUUUGCUGAAUCAAAGCUAAAAAAACAACACAAAUAUCUAAAGAAAUAACUACUUUUACUAAUACAUCUCAGAAAAUUUUAAGAAUAAAAUUCACGAACAAAUAACAAAGUUU